AUGAUCGUUACAGUUAAACACAAUUACCGCGAAAUUCUCUACCUCCGAGGGUAUUUGGUCAACUGGAGUAUUGUCAUUGGACAGGAGGCGGGGAGCGAAGCGGGAAACGAGGGGCUUCAGAACAGGGAGGCAGGCACAGGUUAUGCUCAUAUUGAGCUCAAUGGCGGACCAGUAGCCCGAUGA